GAAGCAAACGCGACCCGGCCGCGAAAGAGCACCACCACGGCUAGCCAAGCCAAGCCACCCGCGUCGUCGCUGCCCACAGCUUCCGUAUCCGCGGCCGCGCCUCCCGUUUUUCCCGCUGCGGGACGAGCCACCGCCUCGCGCGGCGGCCGCCGCCGCCAUGGCGCCGUUCCAGAUGCGGUUCGGGCUCCGGCCGGUCUCCCCCUCCCGCUCCUACGACGAGGAGGAAGAAGAAGAGGAGGAGGACGAAGAGGAAGAGUUUGACGAGGAUGAGGAGGAGGACAUGGAGGUGGAGAGCGAGGGGACGGCCUCGCCGCCGCCGCCGAUGGCGAUGCAGGGCGGGAGGGGGGCGGUGGGAGGAGGGCUGGUGGGCGCGGUGGUGGGCGCGCUGCGGAGGUCGCUGGUGAUGUGCAGCGCUGGCGCGGUGGGGGGCGAGGAGGAGAGCACCGACGACAGCGAGGGGGGAGAAGAGGAGGGGAUGGAGAUUGGCCGGCCCAUGGACGUGCGGCACGUCUCCCACGUCACCUUCGACCGUUUCGGGGGGUUCCUCGGUCUCCCCGCCGACCUCGAGCCGGACGUGCCCCGCCCCACGCCCGGCGUCAGUGCAAGCGUAUUUGGUGUUUCACCAACCUCGUUGCAAUGUUCAUACGAUCAAAGAGGAAACAGUGUGCCUAUUAUACUGUUAAUGAUGCAGCGAGAGUUGUAUCUACGAGAAGGACUUAAGAUCGAAGGGAUCUUCAGAAUUAAUGCAGAAAAUAGCCAGGAAGUCCGUGUUCGGGACCAAUUAAACAGUGGUGUGGUACCGGAUCAAGUUGACUUGCACUGCCUGGCUGGGUUGAUAAAGGCAUGGUUUCGGGAACUUCCAACAGGAGUAUUGGACUCACUGACAGCAGAACAAGUAAUGCAUUGCAACACAGAAGAGGAGUGUGCUCUCCUUGCUUCUAUGCUACCACCAAUUGAAGCAGCAUUACUCGAUUGGGCUAUUAAUCUAAUGGCCGAUGUUGUGGAGCAUGAAAACUACAACAAGAUGAAUGCUCGAAACAUCGCUAUGGUUUUUGCACCAAACAUGACUCAGAUGGCCGAUCCAUUAACUGCCCUGAUGCAUGCAGUUCAGGUGAUGAAUUUUCUCAAGACAUUAAUCAUGAAAUCUUUAAAGGAAAGAGAGGAGGCAGCUGGAGCACCUAAACCGUUGCAAUCAUGCUCUGAUUCCCCAAAUGAUCAAGAAGAACCUCAGAUGCCAGAGCAUUUGGAGAAACCGUUCAGUUGUUCAAAUCAGGAAAGCACUGAUCACCCUAUGAUUGACAAGGCUACUUCUGAAAAGCUCCUAUUUGAAGCUGAACAAGUCCUCCAUCAUGAUUCAAGACAUGGUUUUGAAGGACAAGAUAAGUGUGAUAUGGACCACAAGAAAUGCCACAGUGGAGUUUCUCCUCUGGGUGAUGAGGCGAAUAACCAAGUCAACAGUUCCGGAAAGGAAUUUGGUAGUAGAAAUGCGGAAGGCUUGUUCGACAGAUUUAGUUUCAGGAAAGGUGUCGAGAGGCUUUGCAGGCACCCCGUGUUCCAAUUGAGUAGGUCCAUGAAGAAGUCUCCAGACGUUGUGGUCUUUGAUGGCACCAGAGAAGCAAGACAAGCUUGGGUAUGAUGUGAUAGUGAUAUUUGUAUGUAAUUGGUAAAUGGCAAUGGGACUGUUUUCGCCUUUGUGCUUAGCUGAUCUGUCGUUCCUCUGGUUUGUGAGGGUAGAAACGGUUAGCCAGUUAGGGAGUAGGUACUGCAGAUUUGGGUGUACAUUAUAAUCGUUUACUUGUGAGGAAAACGUCGGAGUCAUUGUUUUUGUUUCCGAUAUGGCUAUUCGUAAACAGAAGUCACAGUGAACUCGGCUUCUAGUGUAUACUCCUGAUAUGAUAUUGUGUAACAUUUACAGCCAA